AUGAUAGUCAAGAGAAAAAUAGGUUUUCCCAUUAUAUCCAUAAGUCGUAGAUACUUUAGUACUUCUUUGAUUAAAGCAAAAAUAGAUAUCCUGGAAAAUUAUGCGAAAAAGAACCAGUUACACAAAUUAAGAAUGGAUGACCUUUUUGAGGUUUUUAAAUUAUCCAAGACAGAUGAAGACUAUAAGCUAUCCUUACAUUUAUUGAAUGUAUACUACAAUUUUGGGAGAAAUUUAAAUACACAGCAAGAUGUUAAUUUGUUUUUUAUUUUUAUUUUAAGAACAAAUCAAUUAAAUGAAGCAAAAGAUCUUUUGAAAUAUUUUAAUGGAUGGCUCCUAUGUCCUCCUUCUAAUAAAUAUAUAUUACUAUGUAUGGAAGAAUUUUUUAAGAAACAAAAAUAUUAUGAUGUUAGGGAAAUUUUUUCCUUCGUCAGAGAAAAUAGCCAAAUUAAGUUGGAUAGUUCAUUUUAUGGAAUAACAAUAAAAUCAAUGCUUAUGUUGAAGAAUCAUUCCAUUGAGGAAGCUAUAAUAAUUUAUAAUGAUUCAUAUAAUAUGUCUAUAUACUUAACAAAUGAAAUACACAAUUUUUUAUUAGAGCAUAAUUUAUAUUAUUAUCAUAAAGCGAGGUGUAAAGAGGAAACAUCGGAGAAUAUUAGAGCAUUGGAAUAUUAUGAAGGGAACAUAAAAAAUAUUAUCAUAAGACUAAUAAAUGAAUUAAUGAAAAAUAGGAGAUCUGUAAAAAUGUCCUCAAAAAGUUUAAGUUUAUUUGCUUGGACUCACAUUUAUUUUGACAUAAAAGAAAUUAUUAAUAAAUCUAAUCAUACUUUGAUGGAUGUUAAGGAAUGUAGAAGUUGGUUGGAUAUAUUUAAGUUGUCUUGUUUAUACAACCAAAUACCAGAAUGUUAUUGUGGUCCUUUUUCAGAGCUGUUCAAAGAUAUAUUAAUCGAUAUGAAGGAAGAUAAGGAUGCAAUCAAGGCAUUAGAAUAUGUUAGUAUUUAUUUUAAAGAAGAAUGA